AUCACCAACGGGGCCUUGAUGGUCUACAACAUAAACUCCGGCCGCUGCCAGCCGCCUUGAUGGUCUACCACAUAAACUCCGGCCGCCGCCACACCACUCGCCGUCCUCUUUGCUUACUCCUUCAAUUUGUUUUUUUUUUUUCUUUAAGUAUCUAGACUGGCGAUUUUUUUUACUCUGGAUAUUCUAAAAUCUCCGGUCGAAAAAAAAGCAGCGGUAUGGUCCGCAUUGAAGCCGGGAGGAGAAUGAACGCUACCAAGUCUGCAACUACUCCGCACGCCCAAAAGCUGUGCAGAAAUGCUGAGAUCGUUCAUCAGAAGCUCCAACUGAAAGAUCCUCUCGGCGAGGCUUCUAGGAGACCUCGUGGCGCCGACGCCGAGGAUCGGUCAUCCGGUUUCGUUGCUAAGAUGAUAAUUUCCUUCCUUUGUUGUCUUGCGCUCUAUGGUAUUCCGGGUGCUCCUGGCUUCGUCGCCGAUAAAAGCCAUUUGAGCACCAGAUCUGAGGUCUAACUCUCCUUUACCUUAACCUCUGAUCCUUGUUGAUUUCCGCAUCCGGGAAACUCUUACAGUUUCGUAUGUUUUUCUGUGCUAUAAUAUUUUCAGAAAAUUUAGUGCUCAGAAUUAGUUUGAUCGUUUGAAUAACGUGCGCCUUAUGGUUUUAUGUCUUUCAUAGGCUCAGUAACUUCGAUUUUUUCUUGAACAGUUUUGCAAUUUUGAGCUGCUGCUGUUUGGUUGUCUGAAUCAAUCAAUUUAAUGGAUCAACAUAUGGUUUUUAGCUUUUCCUUUAGGUGUAGGAUGUCAUAUUAAUGGGAGCGGAAAAGAAAGCCAUGGGAAGAAAUUAAGGGCAGUGAGCUCUCCAUUCUCCAGCUGGUGUGCCAUGAAAGCCGGUAAUGACAGCACGUUUUCGAACUGCACUGUUCCCAAUUGCUGCAGCCGGGACUUCUGAUGCUGGGAAAGCCUGUGUUUUUGUUUCCGGUAUAUGACUUGAUUGACUUCUAAUAAAUGCUCCCACUCACAGCUAUAUGCCAAUGUUCCUAUGAUUGGCAGCCUUGGGUGCAUAGCUAUUCGUCUAUUCUUCCUUUGUUUCCCCAAGUACUAUAUCUCACUUUUCUUUAAUACAACCUAUCCCAACAAGGACACUCCUAAAUCCAAUUUGUUAGAGGAUGAGAUUGUGGCUCCGGCAAACCCAAGAUUGUGCAAGAUUCACAAGAAUAUUACACUUACCAAAGCAAUUCAAAAAGACGAUCAUAAAUAUGAGCCAUAGUUUUUUUUUGCAUUAGGUUUUCUGAGCUUCGCCUGAGUAAGCCUAGGUGCCUAAGACUCCCACGCAAAGAAAUGAACGUGAUUGUCUCUCAUUGUCUCUCAUGUUCCCAGGGACCCAAUGGAGUUCCAGCGGUUUUCUACUGUCGACUUUCUUUCCAUAUAAGGUAAUAUAGCUCCACGGACUUAAAUUUGCAAAAGAAAAAACAUACUCCUUAUUUGCAUUUCAUUCCAUAUUUUUUCAUCCUUUUGACUACCUUGUCAAUGGAAACCUCUUUGCUGCUUUAAUUGUAUUUAUGAGAAAUAUGGAGUAAUAUACUUCCUAGGUCCCUACAUUUGAGUACACACGGAAAUUGGAGUUAAAAAAAGUAUACCGUGUGAUUGAGAAACAUUUUUCAAGGAAAAAUACCUCUUCUGUCCUUGAGCAUUAGUCCAAUUUUACUUCAUUUUUGAUGAUCAAAAUUUGUCUAAUUUGACUUCUGAAUCAAAUUCGAUGAGUACUCCGAGUCGGAGGUAGUAAUUGAGAAAUAAUUGACUUUUGAGUCAAAUUGGAUUAAUACUCUGAAAGUGAGGUAGCAAUUGAAAAAAUAGUAGAGUGAUCCAUAGUCCUUAUUUUUAAAGAAAAUAAAACACAAUUU